GCGCAAUUACCCCAGGGGUUAGCGUUUGGCGAGUACCAAAGCAGGUGCUGCCGAAAGGCAAUGAACACGGCAUCCAGAUGCAUUAUUUUUGCAUGACUCUAAAGAAAAAACAUACAUUCAGACAGGGGGGAGCUGAACUGGCAGGGCACGGAGAGCGACAAGAAUGAGCUUGUGGGGAGUGAAUGACACGGACGAUCCUGUGGGGCUGGCUCGGGCAAGCGCGCAUUGUUCUGCCCACAAAGUGCUCUUUCUGCCCGAGGAUCCCAAAAGGCCUUUAUGUAGAAAGAAACGCCCCUUGCUUCAGUACCCGGAUAUCCCAGCGAGGUUUAAGGUAAAUUGGAAGAAAAAGAAAAGGCGAUGCAAUGCUGAGUAAUAGUCUGGAUGUGACUGCCGUGCAAGUCUAUUGGCGCCUCCUAGGAUUCCAACUUGGGCACUGAGCCGGAUAGCCCGACAAAACAGUUAUGCAAUGAACUGAGUCUGUUAAAUAAAAGAGGGUACGGAGAAUACAGAUAAACAGGGAUCGAGGGCAGCGCAAAAGCAUUUUAUCGAAUGACUUUCAGCGCCGUUCAAAAGUAAAUGUUCAGGGUUUUUUUUUUGUUUUAAGUCGGUGUCUGGAACUUCAAUUAGUAUAUUUUUCUUUAUAGUAAAUUUUUCAGCUAGUCUUUGUCUACUUGAAUAGUUCUUCCUAAAAUCACUGCGUUAACUAAUUGUGAUUUUAAAGGGGAAAUAGAAAGAUCCGGCUGACAUAAUGCUCAAUCUGAACAACACGGACAGUAAUUCACUUCAGGACCCAGUGUCCCUCAAUGUUGGAGGCGAGGUGUACACCACCACCCUGGACACGCUGACGCGCUGCAGGGAUUCCAUGCUGGGGGCGAUGUUCACGGGCCAGAUCCCUCUCCUACGGGACCGGCGGGGCAACUUCUUCAUCGACCGAGACGGCAAGGUGUUCCGCUACAUAUUGAACUACCUGCGGUCCAACAGCUUGGACCUACCCGAUGACUUCAAGGAGAUGGCGCUGCUCAAGCGAGAAGCGGACUUCUUCCAAAUCCGGCCGCUGCUGGACGAAAUUCGGCACUACGAGCUGGGGCCACACGGGGCCGCGCGGCGCAGUGCCGUGCUGAACGCGGACGCGGACUGUCAGGUGCGCAUCCUGCAUUUCAACCUCAAGCGCGGCCCCGAGAACUACGAGCUGCGCUCCUGCGCCGUGCGCGUUUACACCGCCAACGUUUUCUGUACCUCCUGCGCCGUCAUCGAGUCCCUCUGCGCCCGCUUUUCCUACCGGGCACAGGAAAAGGUUCUGGCACCGCAGCCCAGCCAAGGAAAGCCGAAUUACCUGCGCAUGGAGUGGGUGCCCCGACCCGAAGAGCUGCCCCAGGACCUGUACGAGAAGCACCGCUAUCAGGAGCUGACAGUCACCUCCUCGUCCAGGCUCCCCGACGCGUCGGCCAGUUCGGGGAUCCCCGACACUCGCACCUUUAUGGAGGAGAUGCUUAAAAUCGCCCUGGCGGAGGGCUUUCGCCUAGACUCGGUUUUCCCGGACCCUUCCGACAUUCUUAAUAGUCGCUCCCUGCGCUUUGUUCGGUACUGAAACGAAACCGACCGCGUGUGAAGCACGACCACGCCUCCUCCUCUUCCUCCUCACUGAUACCGCUCAAGUCCCAUUAAAUUAGCCUUUGAUGGUGCAGAAUGACAAGCGGAGCGAGUACCGUUAAAAGUUUACACGUACAUUACCAAGACACCUUAUGUUACUUUAGUUUACGGGAAUGCCACCGCUUGUGCUUUAAAUCAGAAUCACUGGCUUUUGAAGUACAUUGCUGUGCAUUCGUGAUAACCACAAUGGGCUUGAUAAACCCAGUGAUGUAGGCCUAACAUUAUUCUUUGCCUUUUUAACCUGAUGGAAAAGUUAUUAACUGGCAUCCACAGUCUUCCCUCACACAAACCGACCUUGUUGAUAUACAACUGCCAUAUUUUAUUAGCACUCAGCAUGUGACUCAUUCUUCAGCGUUACUGCAGCUUCCCCUUAGGUUACAACCCCACCCCGCGACAGUAGGCUGAAAAAACAAACAAGGCUUUUGUAGCAUCUUUGAAGCCCUGGGCUAUAGUAACAGGCAUAUUUGUGCCUUUAAGACAGCAAAUAGCAAUAAGUGUCAUUAAGCAGUGAUCACUAAAUGUGGACUAAAGUUUUAGUGGCUUUUAGUGUUUGUCGAAAUGAUUAAGUUGUAUUCAAAGUUAUACAUGUGUUCAUUAGAAAUCUGCAAUAUUUUGACUAACAAUCCGUGCUACAUUGCAAGCGUUUAGUAUUAGUAGUUUAAUUUUGAAUAAGGAUAUUGUUUGACAACUGUGCUGUAUGGAUAUACAGACAAUGCCACUAAUAAAAAUAACAGCACAAUAGGAGUUAAGAUUUCUCUUUCUAUACUGUAAAGGCUUGCUGUUUGCCUGGUAAAGUGAGUAAGUCUGGAAGAGAACACCAACGAAGGACUCUUAAGUUUGUGUCUAAUCUCAGGUAACCUGUAAAUGAACAUGUGUCCUCUAUAUGUUACAAAAACAAAUAUAGUUUAACUACAGAUC